AUGUCCAUGAGGUCGCAUAGAGUACCAGAAGAAUAUGUGCGGUGGACGAAGCUGCUUUAUGCGAAGCCUACCAGCGUUGUGCGAUGUGCUGUUGGAACAAGCAGGCCAUUCCCUGUACGAGUAGGGGUUCAUCAGGGUUCAUCCCUCUCACCUCUGCUGUUCAUACUGUGCAUGGACACGAUAACGAAGGAAAUCCAGAAGCAGCAUCCGUGGACUCUACUCUUUGCCGACGAUGUCAUGCUCGCGUCGGAGUCUCGAGAUGAUCUUCAGAAACAAGUGCAGUCUUGGAAGGAUCAGCUGCAGCAAUAUGGAUUGCGCCUCAACACAUCAAAAACUGAGUACAUGGAGUGCGGACUAAGGAUAGAGGAUGGUUCAAUUCGUGUUGAUGGCACCGAAUUAAACAAGGUGAACUGCUUCAAGUACCUUGGAUCCAAAGUGACUUCCACAGGCGACAUUGAUCAAGAAGGUCGAGCACGUGUUAAUGCUGCAUGGAUGAAAUGGAAAAUGGCAACAGGGGUACUGUGCGACAAGAAAGUCCCUGUUCGACUGAAGUCGAAGAUCUACAGGACGGUUGUGCGUCCUGUUGCCCUUUACGGAUGCGAGUGCUGGCCGACAACGAAAGCCUUGGAAAGAGUGCUGCACGCUAUGGAGAUGCGGAUGUUGAGGUGGACGAUAGGUGUAACGCUAAAAGAGAAAGUAUCCAACGACACUGUGCGCUCCAUCUUCGGUGUCGUCCCGAUAACUGAGAAGAUGAAGGAGGCGCGACUGAGAUGGUUUGGUCACGUCUUGCGGCGGGAGGAAGAUUCCGUUGCCAAAACCGCUCUGAAGCUCGACGUUUCAGGAGUGAGGCCGCGUGGGAGGCCAAAGAUUCGCUGGUUAGACCGUGUGAAGCUGGAUAUGACAGAUGCACGUUUGUGUACGGCUGAUGCAAUGGAUAGAACCAAAUGGAAGACAAGAAGCAGAAAGGCGGAACCUGCAACAACGCGGGACAAACGCUAG